GUGGCCUCGACGCGAUGGUUAUAAACAAGAUGACAUCCCACGGAGCCUUCGAAAUAUCGAACUCUUUUGUCAUGAUCCAAGAUUUACCAAAAAUGUCACUCCCAAAAGAACCAACAACAUGGAACAAAGAUGAAUACUUCAUAUCCACCGAUAAAAGCCUCAUCUCCCUGUCUGCUCUGAAUUCAGCGUUCGAUUCAGAUAUGUUAUAUUGGUCGAAGCCAUAUCCGGAAGAUAUCCUGCAGGAAAUCAUCAACCACUCGUUCUGCUUUGGACUCUAUGAAGCACCAGACACGACUGAGCCCCCAGAGACAAAUUCGAGCUCAAAUAGCGACCUCAAAACCCCUAGGCAAAUUGGAUUUGCUCGCCUCGUGACGGACUACAUUACUUUCGCAUAUCUGACCGACCUCUAUGUCUUACCCGAGUAUCAAGGGAAGGGAUUCGGGGGGUGGUUAAUCGACUGCGUCGACGAACUUGUGAAGCCAUUGCCACAUUUGAGAUGGAUUAUGCUGCGCACUUCAUCAGUCAGAAGUCAAGAGUCAUACAAACAGAGAAUGAGCAUGGAAGUGCUAGACUCGCCCGAUGCUAGUCAAGAUGCGGUGACUAUGGGGAGACGGGGUCGCGCGAAUCUGGCUUGAGAGAUUUGUAGAUAGGGAUGUCAUUGAAAACCAUUUCUCUUCAAUUGCCAUGUUCCAUUACUAUCCUACCAACAGCUUGGUGUUAUGUAAUGAUUUAAGCUGUUCAUAUCUAGAAAAAUAUCCGGUGGCAGUCAACUGAGACCAAUUAUCG